AUGCUGUGGCCGACACUGAUAGAUGAUCUCGACUGCGAUGCUGGCAACACUAAACGAGGCGAUGAUGAGAUGCACCGAAAGUGGGGUUGCAUAUCAUCCCCCUGGUGGCUUCGAGAGCAAUCAGAAUUCAGCCACGCGAGAAGCCAACAGUUCUGCAAAUCAGAGCUGCUUUGUCCUCCGAUAUGGGAUGGUAUUCUCUGCUGGGAUUCAAUUCCAGCUAACACUACAUGGGAGGUUCCCUGUCCAGCCUAUCCGUACGGCUUCGAUACUUCACGAACGGCGAGUAAAUAUUGCACGGAAAAUGGGUCAUGGUACAUGAAUCCCGACCAUGGGCAAACCUGGACCAAUUACUCUCAGUGCAUGAUGGGAAGGAUGCCCGAUAUUCACUUCUUGAACAUCGCCUUCUUCGAGCCACAUCUUAAAGCCAUCAAACUGAUGUCCAAAGUGGGAUACACGAUGUCGCUCAUCAGCCUAGUCAUCGCAUUUCUCAUACUAGCAUCCAUCAAAAGGCUUCGGUGUCCCCGCAACAGCCUACACAUGCACCUGUUUCUCUCCUUCAUCUUUCGGGCCCUGGCUGUCCUGGUAAAGGACGCCAUCUUCGUUGAAGGCAUAGGACUAAGUACCAACCUUGACUUCAGUCAAAAUAACGUGGACUGCAAGCUCUUCACCAGUAUCUGGCACUACGUACUGAUGGCCAAUUACUGCUGGAUUCUCAUGGAGGGACUCUACCUUCACAACCUUAUCUUCCUGUCAUUCUUCACGGAUCACUCUGGGAUAACAAAGUACGUCAUUCUCGGAUGGGGUUUACCUGUCCUGUUCGUGAUACCGUGGAUAGUUGUCCGUGCAACUUUGGAAGAUACACUUUGCUGGACAACCAACGAAACAACCCUCUACUUUUGGAUAAUACGGGGACCUAUUACAAUAUCUAUUCUGGUGAACUUCGUCAUGUUCGUCAACAUCACAAGAGUGCUGCUGGCAAAGCUGUUUACACCGCACACGUGUGAAGCGUGGCGAUAUCGUUACAGGAAGUGGUUCAAGUCAACAUUGGUCCUGGUUCCUCUCUUCGGAGCCCAUUACGCCUUCCUGUUGGGCAUGUCGUUGGCCGCAGCGGGAGACCUCUUGGAACUGGUGUGGCUCUACAUAGACCAGCUUUUCUCUUCGUUUCAGGGGUUCCUGGUGGCGACGUUGUACUGCUUCCUCAACGCGGAGGUGGGAGCGGAAGUUCGGAAGACCCUUUCUACGACAGGGUUCUCCCUGCGCCGUGUGCGACCAAUGCCCGGCAACGAAACCAGGCAGCUUUCACUCAUCACGCAAUCCUUCACACUCGUCAGCAGGAUAUCACCAACGGAAAAUAGGGAGCCUACGAAACAGUCUCCGGGGAGAUACCUGUAGCCACAAGCCGUGUGCAUACAUGAACGCACCAUACUCACCUAUACGACCACCAUCAUCCAGGAAAGGGCCUUCACUACGAAGGAGUUGGUCCUCUUC